UUAAAAAAAACGUUUAAGAAAGAAUCAGCUGUCAAACUUCGUGGAGCUCCGAUUGAUUCGGGUGGAUUUAUCGUUACGUCUAAUAUUAUGAGAUAAAGUAUGUAAUUUAAAAGGCGCUCACCAUUGCUCGCUGUUCAGCUAAAGCUGACAUGGAUAAGGCUAAUACGGAAAAGUUGAUCAGGAAAUUAAUCGCCGGCACGUAUGAAGAAUUCUGUAAAAAUAUUGUUGUGUUUCUAGAGAUUUAUGAUAAGAAGACGAGUUUUGAAGAGUUGGAUAGUACCUGUUUACGAGAGAAACUAUGGAAGAGAUUAUUUUAUUAUUUAACAGAUCAUAUUUAUAUAGACCAACAUCAUCAAUGUUUAGCUGCUUUGAGGAUACUUAGCCGUGAUAAAACUAACUUAAACGACUUAAUCAAUGAUGAUGCAAUAAAAAUUAUAUUGCAAAAUGCAAGCUUGACAAAAAUAUGUGAAGAAGAACAAAUUUCGUGUACAAUUGUUACGAUAGAAUCAUUGAAGUUACUGUGUAACUUAUUAUUUAAUAGUGUAAAAGUGCAACAGUCGCAAGUAUUAAUCUCUUCUUUGCCUUAUCUCAUCGAUCGAAUUAAAAAUUAUACACAUAAUCCCUAUGAUGUCAAGUUAUUCGACAUGAGAAUAUUAUUUUUACUCACUGCAUUAAAUACAUCUACGAGAGAUGUAAUCAAAACUGAUUUAUACGGUGAUGUAUAUCUCAUUGAAAUAAUAGAAGAAUUUACAGCUGAAAAUCAGAAUAGCGAAAUAACUGUAAACAAGGCUGAAGAGAUAACAAUUGUCUGUGAAGUUUUAAAAGUUCUAUUUAAUUUAUAUAUACAUUCUGAUGAUAUUGGAGUUGAAGACCAAGAAAAAUACAACAGUUUGGUAUUAAUUUUGUAUAAACUAUUAACUCUUAAAUACUCAGUGCAACAAGACGACCUUGAAAGCCACGUCGUCAAUUUGUUGACUGUGAUACCGUAUAGUUGUUAUACACCAAUUAUACAAGCUGUUAACAGCCAAGAUUGCAAAGAUGUAUAUCAAAACAUGAAUAUGAGCGCUAUAUGUGUUUUACUUAGAUUUUUAGACACAAGAUUAGAAUGUAAAACACAUUUACUAGAAAACUUCUCUCCAAUAAUUACUGCGCUGGUCAGGCUCGUCAAAUCAGAGAGGAUUGUUCGCAAAUAUGUAAGACUGCAGAUUCUACCUCCAUUAAAGGAUGUAAUGAAUCGCCCUGAAGAAGGCACGACAUUAAGAGCUAAGUUAUGCAAGUUACUAACGUCGCCUAUCACAGAGCUGCGCGAUCUAGUUGCAGAACUUUUGUUUGUUCUUUGUAAAGAAAAGGUUAGCCGUAUGGUGAAAUACACAGGAUAUGGAAAUGCGGCGGGAAUGUUUGCUAAUAAAGGAUUAUUAGGACGUAGCCAAGCGGAAACGGCUUAUUCUUCUGAAUCGGAAGAUAGCGAAACGGAAGAAUAUCAAAAGUAUAAAGAACGAAUAAAUCCAGUAACUGGAUGUCUCGAACAUUCCAAACCAAAUCCGCUUGAAGGCAUGACAGAGGAGCAAAAGGAAUACGAAGCUUUAAAAUUAGUAAAACUGAUUGAUAAAUUAACAAAGGAAGGAGUCGUGCGUCCUUGCCGCAUCGGCGAUGAUGGGAAACCAGAACCGAUAGAGCACGUUCUUGAAUUGCAGAACGAAUUACCGAAACAGCAGUGUGGCAGAAAGGACUCAGACUCCGAAUAAAUAUGUUAUAUAUCUCCAAAAUAGGACGAUCUGUAUAUGUAUAGAUGAAUAAAGAUAUUCAAGUCGAAAAUUUAUUCUGUCGUUUAGGCCCGCA